AUGGAAAAAGCCUCCAAAGGCAUUCCAAUCGCGCCAAAUGUCAAGGACUGCCUCAAGUCGAUGGUAGCUCGUCCAGGGGCAUUUUUCUUCGGCACUCCCUUUCUCCUCAUCUACACUCUCUACACCUCGACCUACCUCACCGCCAAUGUCAUCGAUACCGCGUCCUCCACAAUCCGCAACCUCUCCUACUCCGCGGUCACCGCCGGCCCGGCCAAAUUCAUUGCCACCACGGCUGUGAACAUGGGCAUCUGCGUGUAUAAAGAUGCGCGCUUUGCGAAGAUCUUCGGCGCAAAGCCUCCCCCAACAACCCCCUCUCCGGCCGCAAGCCCAUACGCCAAAACUACCCUCCACCCGCCAACACCCCCGGCGCCGAAGAUCCCCGUGCUCUCCUAUUCCCUCUUCUGUCUCCGCGACAGCGUCACCAUCUUCGCCUCUUUCAACGUCCCCGCUCUGAUCGCCCCGUCCGUCCCCGACUUCGUCGCCGGAUCACCGGGAAACAAGGCGGCGAUCGCGCAAUUCGCAAGCCCCGCCCUCAUGCAAUUCGUGAGCACGCCGAUGCAUCUUCUCGGUCUGGACUUGUAUAACCGUCAGCCUCCGGGCGGACUACACUGGACGGACCGGGCCGCUCGGAUCCGCCGAGAUCUGAUCUCUAGCUCGUUCGCGCGGAUGGCCAAGAUCGUGCCGGCGUACGGGGUGGGGGUGUUGCCAAUGUGCGGAUGA